AUGACUGCCACUGGCAAAUCCAUAAUAACGUCCGCUGAAUCAUACACAAACAAAGACCUCCUAUUACUCUCACAACUUCUUCAUACUCAGGGUCUCAUCCAGCCAGAUUCAGUGAGGGAGUAUGAGGACUUGGAGAGCAUUGGUAGCGAUUGGUUCCAUCAUGACAGCACUCAAUUGCUGAGAAGAACGCAUGAAAACAGCCUCACAAAACCUCCUACGGGAGAGCAGAUUCUUGCUUUGUAUGAAAACAUGUUGGAGGAGAACCCGGAUUGCAAAACCACCACAGAUCUAGCGAACAAGUUCUACUUUGCGAGAGUCCACGAGCUUGAGCACAGGAUCCAGAAGGACAAAGAGGACUUCAAGGCUCUUCUUGGUGAAUCGUGA